AUGGCCCCCCUGGCUCAGACCCUGGCACUGCUUGCAAUGACCAYGGCCACUGUGGCCAUUGAAGAGAUGCCCCUGGACAUGGCCCCGAACUCCUUCGAUGACCAGUACCAGGGGUGCCAGGACAAAAUGACCGCGGYRUUGCCGGAACUCAAGAGCUCCGAUUUCAAGCACAACUCUCUGUUCACCACCAUCUGGGAGAACGCCACGGCCGAGUGGCAGAAGCGCGGGUCCCCUGUGCCCUCUCUGUCAUCUUCGGACCAGGCCAUUGCCAUCGUGGCCUACACGAUGUCAACUGCAUUGUACAAGGAGUUCAACGAUGCC